CCAGCAUUUUUGCUUUUUUCGGAAACCUGAAGGCCCUAUAACCUCGAUUAUAUGAGUUUCGGCAGUUGGAGACGGCGCAAAUCGUCAUUCUGAAAGGAACAAACUUGAAAACGUAAAGCUGCCCAUUUCGAAAACGUAAGGGUUAGAAAUACUGUCCAAAACUUACCUGCUAAAUACUGAAACUAACGCGUAACAAAUAAGAAAUUAUCACAAACUGCACCGAACUGCAGAAACCACUACUGCACGACCACAACCCCGGGCCCAGGCCAAUGGAAAUUUGACUUGUUCGUGGAGACACUGUCCAAAAAUGACACGAACUGAUCUCUAACUUUUCCUUUAUGGAACUAGCCAAUUUUUAAGAUUCUUCAAUCCUUCUCUCGAGUGAACGCAACCAUGGCAAAAAGACGAAAUCUGAAAAAGUCAGGCAUAAAAAUUGAUGAAUCAUUGGCUAAUCCUGAUUGCCGCUGUUUCAUUUGUGACAAACAUGUCGACAACAACGGAAUCCAAAUAAUUUUAGGACGAACACCCUACUCAAAUGUUAGUCUCCCAGCUAAAAUUGGCCAGCUUAUUGGAGACAGUUUAAUGGUCGUUGUUGGGGUAUCAGACACUAUGUGCGCCAGUUGUGCUUCCCUGAUUAGUCACCUGGACAAGCUUGAAACAGAUGCCCGUUCGGUGAAAAAGACACUAAUGGGUUACAUCGCAGCAAAAUAUCAACUUAACCAUCAAGAAAUAUGUGAUCGAAUAGAUAUUACUGAAGCAGAUCCUGUAGCUCACAAGGAAGCCUCAAAUCUCAAAUCUGCAAGUAGUCAAUCUACUGGGCAAAUGCAGAGAGAAGGUAGUAGAAAGAAAUCUCGCCAAGUCAGCUUACUUGUCUCAAAUAGCAAGAACCGCAAAGUGACCUCACUUCACUGUCUCAACUGUAACUUCACAACAACGGACAAAGAUGCAUUUCAGAUUCAUUCUGCUUUAUGUGUGAAACAAGUAAAUCAAUGUUUACAUUGUGGCCAUUCGUGCAGUCCUUGUGACCAGGUUUAUUCCUUCACUGGAACUUGCAAAGUUUGUUCCCUAAUUUAUGGUUCAGAGGAUGAAUACUCUAAUCAUAUGUCUAUACAUAUUAUCAGUGAUGAUAGAUGUGCUGCAUGUGGUGUCACCUGUUCAGAUAAAAAUAACUUGGUUAGUCACAUUCUGAAUCAUGGUGAACAGUCAUUUAUGUGCUCUGCGUGUCCUACUACAUUCAACCUUAAAAGCAAUUUGAAUGAUCACAUGGAAAGUCAUAUGAUGCCCGAUAAGUGCCUUAAAUGCUCAAUUGACUUUGUCUCUCAAGCCAAGCAGUUCACAGCGAGUGAAUUUACCUUAGCCUGCCCGGAUGAAGCUCAUCAAUCAGUUCAAGAUAAGAGAAAGAAUGUUAAUGAGUACAUGGAAUCACUAAUGAGGGUUGAUAAUUUUGAUUCGGACAGUGGCAUAGAGUUUCAUUCUUGUCCAAGUUGUGGAUUGACAUUCCUCAACAAAAUGUUGUUUUCUGAGCACAUGAAAAUGCACAAUGAAAGUCAAGACCAGGUUAUCAUCAGCGAGGCACAUGAAGAAGCCCUUCAAAGUGCAACUGUAUCGGUGGCUGGGGAUUGUUCUAUUGAUGAUGAAUUGGAGGACUUAUUUGAAAAGCUACAUGCAGAAACAACAAAGUCCUCCGUUGAUAAUAGUUGUAGCUUAAGUGAUCAAUUGAUGAAUGCACAGCAUCAUACAGAAUUAUCUAUGCCUUUGAAAGAAGAGAUGAUGACACUGUGCCCAACAGUGGCUGCUGUUGAAGUUUCCCAGCCUCCCUGCAAAUUAGUUCUCAAAAAUCAGAAUGUUGAUAGCACUGACCACAUUGAGACAGACAAAAAUAAGCUUGAGCCUUCCUUUGAUAUGUCUCUCCUGGAGAAAGAAAACUCGAGCAACAGUGUUUUGCCUGAAGCAAUGUUUGAUGCGACUCAACACCAAACCUUUAUUUAUAUUAGCAGCAACGAGGAUGGUCUUACAGAUUGUGAUUCGCUGGGAAACCUGGUGCUGCACAAAGCCACAAUUGAUCCAGAGAGUGGGAAUAUUCAUCUGUUGCCGUUUAUUGCCAGUGAUGAAGAUUCUGCAUCCCAGCUAAUCUCUCCUCUUUUGUCCAACCCUGAAACAUUUCGAAGUUUAAUUCAAGAUCCCUGUGAAGGAGAACUAGCUCAGGUUAAGGACAAACAGAAUUUAAACAGUUCUAAAAGCAAUGAUGAAUUCUCAUGCAACCAUUGUAGUUUCCAAACUUCAAUUGAACUUGUAUUGAAGCGACAUCUCAAAAUACAUCAAAGUAAUUUGGUGCAAAAGUGUUCUAUUUGCAAUAGGGCGUUUUCAUCCACUCAAAGGCUUCUCAGUCAUUUAGACUUGCGUCAUAAAAGUAGUGGUCCCAUCACUUGUCCCUUCUGCCUGGAAGAAUUCUCCAGCUCUGCUUUUCUAAGAAAUCAUAUGAAUGAUAAGCAUCCGGUUGGGAAGCAGAACUUUUCAUGUCGAUUCUGCUCUAAGAAACUUCCAACCAGGAAGGAAUGCACCAUCCAUGAAGAAAGUCACUCUGAAAUUUUUAAAUACCAAUGUAAAACUUGUGCAAAAAAAUUUACAACUCAAGAUGAUCUUGAUGACCAUGUAAAAUGGGAUCAUGAAAAAGUGGGCCAGUGUAGAUAUUGUGGCAAACAAAUUGAUAAACCUAAGGCUCUGAAAAAUCAUGAGCUUCGUCACAUGCAAGAAUCUAACCAUCACGAAUGUGUUGAAUGUAAGAGAGUUUUCAAAACCAAAACUGGAUUAAGACACCAUGCUGCAUCACAUACUGGACAAUUUAAAUAUUGCUGUGAUUUUUGUGGAAGAGGAUUUAUGUCUCGAAUGAUGUUGGAGGAGCACCGUAGUUGUCACACGAAAGAAGAAAGAUAUAUUUGCGAUGUUUGUGGCCAAAAGUUUACUUUCCAGAGCACAUAUUGGAUUCACAGGAAGUGGCAUGAAAAUCCGUAUCCUUAUAAGUGUAACUAUUGUGGCCGUUUCUUCAAGCAUUCAUCUUUACUUGCUGUUCACAAGCGGAAGCAUACUGGUGAGCGGCCUUACAAAUGUCCACAUUGCCCAUUAACUUUCCCUGUUAGUGGAACUCUGAAGAGACAUAUUAUCUUACACACUGGUGUCUACCCUUUUAAUUGUGAUGUUUGUAAACGAGGGUUUACUGCUAGGCAUAAGUACUCUUCUCAUUUAGAAAAGGUUCAUGGCAUUGAAGACCUUGUCAAUGAGAAACUCUCUCCAAAUAUGUCUAAAGUAGAAGCUUUGGAUGUUACUGAAGAUGGUAGCAUCCCUGAAAGUAUUAAAGACUGGAACCUUGGUGGUAUUGUAUCAUCUGAAGAAAGCAAUGUUCCAGCUGUGACUGAAUCAUCAGUGGUCGACAGCAGAGGUCCCUUAAUAAAUGAUGAAAGUCUACCCUCAAGAGUUGUCGAGAUUGUACUCAAUGAUUCUCAUCAAGCUGUGGCAACAGUCACGCUUGGUGGAACUGAAUCGGUCUUACCUGAAAAUUGGUACGAGUGAAAAUUGUCAGUAUUGGUAACCAAUAUUAUAGUGUAAUCUGUCUCCUCUCCCCCAAGUAGUGCACAUCAAUGCUUUAGUGGUAUUUUUUGUUGGGUGCUAAGAAACCAAGAUGUUUGAAUUCCUAGUCAAUUGUGAUCUGUUAGUCUGAUGAAACAUAAUCUGAAACACGAGUAGUUUGCAUGAGUUAAAAUUGUGAGAGAUGCUCGAUUGUCAAUGCUAGUCAAAACUCAGUUUUGCAUAUUGAAUUGCAAAGUUUAUGUCCUUACAUCAUAUCAUUAGGAAUUGUAGAACACACUUAAAAUAAAAAUGUAUUUGGACUGUUUA